AUGGAGAGCCUUUAUAAUAAAAUAAGUAAAAGUGUAUUGGACACAUUGAAUAAGCAGCUAAAGGAUGUAAGUGAAGAAUUAUCAAAAAUAAAGGAACCUAUGGAGUUUAUGAACGCUGAAUUUGAAGAGUGUAAAAUGGAAAGUUUAGCUAUGAAAAAAAGUUAUAAAGAGCUACAGGAUGAAAAUUGCAAAAUAAAAUCUGUUGUUCAAGAACUAACGAUACGCGUCAACCAACUGGAUCAAAGUGCACGAUCAUCAAAUUCAGAAAUCCAAUGUGUUCCAGAAAGGAAAUCGGAAAAUGUUUUAAAUAUUUUUAAGGAUAAAUUUAAGGAUGCUGCUGCUGAAACGUGUUGGUCCAAAACACCUUUAGAAAGACGUCGACAAAAAGUACUCCAACGGCUUGAGGAGCUACAACAGGAGCAUGAAGAAAAAGCUGCUGCUCUCCAAUAA